AUGGAGGGAGACCAUCGACCCGAGGUUCUUGUCGUGUCGAUUAUUUUCCUCGUCAUUGCGAGCGUGUUUGUCGGUCUACGAUUCGUUUCGAGGAUUUUUGUCGUCGGGAGAGUGGGAUUGCACGAUCAUUUGAUUCUGCUGGCUUGGGUCCUGGACUUUGGUUUCACCUUUUCUCUCUUUUAUGCGACGCACAAAGGUCUGGGCCUUCAUGAAGUCAACAUCGAUCCGCAGGACCGUCCUGGUCUCAAUCGCGCCAAUUAUGCCUUUACCGUUCUCUACAAUCCUGCCUUGAUGGCCGUCAAAACCUCUAUUCUCGUCUUCUACCUAACCCUGACCAAAGGCGAAAAGGUCUACCGCUGGGCAAAUUAUGUCACCCUCUUUGUCGUUAACGCCGCUGGUUUGGCCUUGACUCUGGUCAAUGUCUUCCAGUGUCGACCCGUGCAAGCCGCUUUCGCAUAUACCCUUCCGGCCGACGGUCAAUGCACUGAUAUUCUCACCCUAUAUCUCUCCUCGUCGCCUGUCAACAUCAUAACCGACUUGGCCAUACUAUUCCUUCCCAUGCCUAUUCUUACGCAAAUGCGCCUUCCACGGAAACAAAAAAUCAUCUUGGUCAUCACAUUCAGCUUUGGUUUUUUCGUGGCGGUCGUGGAUGUCAUCCGCAUUGUCUAUAUUCAAAAUGCCGCCAUAUCUCGUCAGCUCGCAAUUCAAACAAUUCACCUUUCAGAUGCCCGAGGUGAUGAUAUUAGCUGGUACGCCUCGCUAUCAUUUAUGUGGUCUGUGGUCGAGGUAAAUGUGUCGGUCAUGUGCGCCUGCGUUCCGAGUUUGAAACCGCUAGUUGCUCGAAUCAUUCCCAAAAUGAUCAGGGACACCGACGACGAGACCAGAACCACGGCCGAUGCUAUCCAGGCCGCCAAUAUGCCUGCUGAUGUUCCUCCUGCCAACGCAUCCAAUGAACGCUCUUCGCGCUCGCAAUCGCAAUCCGCCAGCGAGAACAAGAACUCUCAGGCUGGAAGCGGGAGCAGCGCUAGUGGAAGCCGUCGGGAUUCGCGGAUGAAUAUGCUGGAGUUCUUGACGGGACCUGAAACUGUUCAAGACCCAGAAGCCAACACGACCUUGACCAGCAGCUCGUAUCCGCAAAGCAUCACAUUCUUCGAUUUCGUCAAUAUGAAGAAGCCGACCAGCAUGCUGAAACUGAACAACAAGGAGUCGAUUGCCCCGAUCGCGCUGACCACCGUUCUUUUCUUCUUGUGGGGCUUUGCCUACGGAUUGCUGGACAUUCUCAACGGUCAAUUCCAGGAAAUUGUGCGUCUGGAUACUUGGCGGUCCAUGGGCUUACAUGCAGUUUACUUUGGUGGAUAUUUGGUGGGCCCGCCGUUGGUCGGACGGGUAGUCUUGAAAAAGUGGGGAUUCAAGUCAACAUUCAUAACGGGUCUCUGCAUCUACGCCUGUGGUGUUCUCAUCUUCUGGCCAUCGGCCGUGUUGACGUCGUACUCUGCUUUUAGCGUGUCCAACUUUAUUGUAGGGUUUGGACUGGCCGUGGUCGAGACAGCCGCCAAUCCUUUCAUUGCCCUCUGCGGACCGCUCGAGAACUCGGAAAUCCGAUUGAAUAUUUCACAGGGCGUGCAAGCUAUUGGGAGCGUUGUCUCGCCGCUGUUGGCAAAAAAAGUCUUAUUCAAACAGGUGACGGACGUGGGGUCUCUUGUCGACGUCCAAUGGACGUAUCUGGGCAUUGCGCUGUUUGACGUCCUCCUGGCUGCUGCUUUUUACUAUCUCCCGAUUCCCGAAGCAUCAGAUGAAGACCUCGAGGAACUGGCCAAUCGUCGUCGCGAUGAUAAUGAGACAAAGGUGAUUGGUAUUCCGGUAGUGUGGUUGACUCUCGGCCUGGGGGUGUUUUCGCAGUAUUUCUACGUUGCGGGACAAGAGGUAGUUUCGAUGAGCUUUGAAACCUUUGUCACGGACGCACAUCCACGCGCCAAACUCGGCUCAUACGAAUACCUGACAGUUGGCCAUGCGGUGUUCGCCGUCGGCCGUUUUGUAGCCGCGUUUGCCCAGCUAUUCCUCAAACCCCGUUGGAUCCUCAUGGUCUCGUACAUUGGAAUGAUAGUGUGCGCCAUCAUUGGCACCAAAACCACCGGCGCAACAGCCGUCUCCAUGGGCCUUCUGGUCUACCUCUUCGAAAGCGGCGUCUUCAGCAUCAUCUUCGCCAUCUCCCUGCGCGGCACGGCCCGCCACACCAAAACCGCCGCAACCCUGCUCACCAUGGCCAUCAGCGGCGGGGUCGCGUUCCCCUUCGCCCAAAACGCCGCGGCCAACGCCCACGGCUCAACAUACUCGUACAACGUGCUUGUCGCCCUUUUCUGCGCGGGCGCCAUCUUCCCCCUCUACCUCAACCUCGUCCCAGCCGCAAAGAAACAAGUCGACCCCGUCCCCAACGAAUACCUCCGUCGACCCCGCCGUCGAAGUCGAACCACGCGCGCCCGCGAAACAACGGUCGUGCAUCAAGCUAAGGAAAACCCCUCGUGCGGGGGCGUCCUCUCCCGCCGACGCAGUCUCCUCUCCGAUCCACUCGAGAUGGUGCAAUGGCCCGAAACAAACACGCACAAUACCCUCGAUAAUACCAGGCCACAGCAGGGCGGAAUCAUGCAUGAUUUGGCGCCGUGGCCGGAAUCGUGA